AUGCAAGUGAACCCCACUCAAGAAAUCACCCCACCAACAUCACUACCGCCAUCGCCACCGCCACCGCAGCUGCAGUUAGAAAUAAAUUCAAUCACCAUCCACCAGCCGACCAACCUCCACCAUGAUAACAUUCUAAUAAUGCUCAAAGGAAUCGUUAUUCCAAUCAUAGCAAGAUUCCACGCCGGUUACUUCCGUAUCAGCCUUUCCCUCUGCUGGCAAACCCUACUCUGGAAAACCCUAAGUGACCCGCCGGAAAAUGCUCAUGCUUACCGGAGAAUGCUCGGAGUUAUGCCCUCCGCCGCAUUCCUCCUUUUGUGGUCGUUAUCUUUAUUCAUUCUUGUAUCUCUUUCGAUCUUAUAUCUUUUACGAUGUGCCCUACUAUCCAACAAAGUUAAAGAUGAAUACCUAAAUCACAUCAGUGUCAACUACCUUUUUGCUCCAUGGAUUUCAUGGCUGCUUUUGCUUCAAUCGACGCCAUUUGUAGCACCAAAAACUGUUUAUUACCUCUUUCUGUGGUGGGUUUUUGUUGUUCCGAUAUUCAUUUUGGACGUGAAGAUAUACGGGCAGUGGUUCACGAAAGGGAAGAGGUUUUUGUCGACGGUGGCGAAUCCGGCGAGUCAGUUGACGGUGAUCGGAAACUUUGUGGGAGCACGGACGGCGGCUCAGAUGGGGUGGAAAGAGAGUGCAAUGUUUAUGUUUUCGUUGGGAAUUGUGCAUUAUGUGGUGGUUUUUGUGACACUUUAUCAGAGAUUAUCGGGAAAGAGCUGCAUGCCGGUGAUGCUCCGGCCGGUGAUGUUCUUGUUUAUUGCUGCUCCGAGCAUGGCGAGCUUAGCUUGGGACUCCAUUUCUGGAACGUUUGAUUGUUCAUCAAAAAUGCUUUUUUAUCUUGCUCUAUUUCUCUUCUUCUCUCUGGUUUCAAGGCCGAAUUUAUUCAAGAAAUCAAUGAAAAAGUUUGAUGUAGUUUGGUGGGCGUAUUCGUACCCGUUAACACUAUUGGCAUUGGCUUCAACAAAGUAUGCACAUGAAAUGAAGAGCACCGUUGCCCAUUUGCUUAUGCUUAUUCUCUCUGGACUCUCGGUCUUGGUUUCAUGUGUUCUAAUGGUUUAUACUGCUCUCAACACAAAUAUACUGUUGCCGAGAGACGAUGAUGAUCUGAUCUUAAUGACUCUAAAGCCAAUUAUUAUCGGUAACACGAGUUCAGAUCCGUUGACGUCAUGA